AGACUUGAAAUUCUUUACUGUAUUCUUAUGUUUUCUUACUGUGUCGGGAAUGGGUCCUCCGGGGCAAGCAAAAAUGAACCAUGGUGUCAAAAGCAUGAGUGAGGAUGCAUGCGAAGAAGGUGAAAUUUCGGUUUCAACAGUUACACAAAUGGUGGUGGACAAAACUAAAACGCAAACGGUAACGGUAACACAAAUAGUAACACAAACAACAACGGUGACGGCGACGAUAGUCCACGAUCCUAAUCAGCAAUGGAGUUAUCUGGCAGGCAAUAAUUGGCACCCCCAUCAGGCGACAUACAAAGCAAAAUUGCAGGUUUGUCGUCUAUUAAUACCAAAAUGUGGAUGCGGUGAAUGGAAUAGGUGGGACAACAUGGGAUUGUUUGCAAAGGCAUGGGUGGAUAGUGGAAAGGAAACAGAACGAUUGGACCAGCCUGUUGUGUAUAACGAAGAUGGAUUUUAAAGGUUUACUGUCGUUCCAAUUGAAGUGUUGCUCAAAUAUUGAUUCAAUACAUUACCUCGGGCUGACCAAUUCAUUUGAUCAAG